AUUGUAAGCUGGAAUCGCGAGCAGUCAGUUUGCCAACUACAUACGCUUCGUCAUUUAGGACGUAGCUAAACCACGAUUAAUCUUUCCAUAAAUAGCAAUACUUUCAGACAAUCUAAAUUGGGAAGUGAUAAGCGUCUCCCGCUUGUACGGCAUAUAAGCGACAAUAAAAUCAUCGAGUACCUUCAUUAUACGUUUGUUGAAUGGAGUACUCGUUAUGCAUGUAUAGUAUAUACGUACAUAUGCUAUAAUGCUCGUUGAAAGAGAGGCUUGUCGCGGGAGACUUUAUAUUAGAUAUUCAAGAUUGGAGUCGCAAAGAAAGCCUCCGAGACACUCGUCAUCGCGUCGUAUGUGAUAUAUACAUAUUAAAAGUAGAGGUGGACACACCGCGCUCAGAUAAGGGCCAGUGAGUCUCUGGCGGCUCUGCAGUGCAGUAUAGACUUGAUGUUGCCGCUAAACUCAAGGAUGUGGACGUUAGGCGUUUGCAUCGUUUUCACGACUGGCCUUUUACAUAUCGUUACUGGAAAUGACGGUUUCCAGAAUACAUUGGGUCACUUGCACCCCGAAAAUUCAGCAGAAGUUCAGACCUCAGCUGUCGAGAAUCUAGUAGUGAGGGUCUUGGGAAAAGAUGCAGAUUUGUUUAAAGUCACCCUUGAUCCAGACCUUGGGCCCAAAGGCAAGGACACUUUUAACUUAAAAAAAUUGAAAGAUAACAAGGUCAUAAUAACCGGUACCUCCGGUGUCGCUGUAGCCUGGGGUCUGCACUACUACCUGACGACCUACUGCAAUUGUCACGUAUCCUGGGAGGGUUCGCAGCUGAACCUUCCCAAAAUUCUACCUGACGUCAACGAAACUGUUUCUUCCAAUGACCGAUUUAGGUAUUAUCAGAAUGUCUGUACAGCGGGGUACAGCUCGGCCUGGUGGAAGUGGCCUCAAUGGGAGAAGAACAUCGACUGGAUGGCCCUAAACAGCAUCAAUCUGGCCCUCGCGUUUCACGGCCAAGAGGCCAUCUGGCAGAAGGUCUAUCUCAAGAUGCAGCUGAAAAAGGAGGAGAUCGAUCAACACUUUUCUGGGCCUGCUUUCUUACCUUGGUCAAGAAUGGGCAAUUUCCGUGGCUGGGGUGGUCCGCUCUCGCAGGCCUGGCAUAACCACACGAUUCAACUACAGCAUUCGAUUGUUCGUCGAAUGCGCGAGCUUGGAAUUACUCCGGUUUUACCCGCGUUUGCAGGACACGUGCCUAGAGAUUUCAUCAGGGUCUUCCCCGAGGCGAACGUCACGAAAGUCGUGUCGUGGAACGGUUUCGAGGAUCAGUACUGUUGUCCGUAUUCUCUGGACCCAACUGAUCCUCUCUUUAAAACUGUCGGACGCGAAUUCCUGAAAGCGUACACUGACGAAUUCGGAACGAACCACAUCUACAACUGUGACUCUUUCAACGAGAACGACCCUCACACAGGUGAUCUCGACUACCUGAGUAACACCGGGAAGGCAAUUUACUCAGGGAUGACGGGCGCGGAUCCAGAUGCAAUUUGGCUGAUGCAAGGCUGGCUUUUCGUUCAUAGCGAAUACUUCUGGACCUUUCCGCGCGUCAAGGCGUUUGUCACUUCAGUUCCGAUUGGCAAGAUGAUUAUUCUCGAUCUACAGUCAGAGCAAUUUCCUCAGUACAAACGCUUCCAUUCCUACUUCGGUCAGCCAUUCAUCUGGUGUAUGCUGCACAACUUCGGUGGUACUCUUGGAAUGUUCGGAUCCGCUGGAGUCAUCAAUAAAGGAGUCUUUGAAGCCAGAACGACGAAUGGCAGUACGAUGAUUGGUACGGGUCUGACUCCUGAAGGAAUCAAUCAGAACUACGUUAUAUACGAGUUCAUGAACGAGAUGUCUUACAGAAAGAAGCCUGUUGUUCUCGAUAACUGGUUUGAAAAUUAUGCGGUGAGGAGGUAUGGCCAGGCCGACGAAUCUAUUAGAACCUCAUGGCAGGAGUUGGGAAGAGAGCUUUACAAUUACGAUGGCAAGACCAAAAUCAGGGGACAUUACGUUAUCACUAAACGACCAAGUCUUAAUAUUGAGCCAUGGUACUGGUAUGACUUGAAGACGUUUCUUGCAGUUUGGAAUAGUUUCGUGCAUGCUGGAAAUGGAACAAUGAAAAACGAGUUGUUUAAGCACGACCUGGUCGACAUAACGAGACAAGCAUUACAGAUCACUGCCGACUUCAUUUAUGCCGACAUCAAAGCAGCGUACACGCAGAAAAAUCUUACGCAAUUGCAAAUUGCAUCAUCACACCUUCUGGAUCUGUUCGACGAUUUAGAGAAGAAUUUGGCAUCGUCCAAGGAUUUCCUUCUAGGCUCCUGGCUGGAAGAUGCCAAGGCCAUAGCCCCGGAAGGCGCGACACGCGACCGUGAGAACUACGAGUUCAACGCGCGCAACCAGAUCACCCUAUGGGGUCCGCGAGGCGAAAUCGUUGAUUACGCGAACAAGCAGUGGUCCGGUGUCGUCGCCGACUAUUUCAAGCCCAGGUGGGAGAUUUAUCUCAAAGAGCUUCAGGAGAGUAUCAGAAAGCAGACGGCUGUUCCUACGGCGAAGCUUAAAAGAAUGAUUUUUAACCAGGUCGAGCUGCCGUUCAGCUACUCCAAAAAGCUGUAUCCGACGCAACCGAAAGGUGAUAGCAUCUUGAUUGCGAAAGAGCUUUACGCCAAGUGGCAGAGAUUUUGGUAAUCAAUAGAUUUUCGGCUAUAACACAUUUUGAUAUAACAAUCAAAACACAAAAGAACUUUGUUUUUUAAUAAAUGUGUCGCCUCAUUGAAUAAUCAUCAGAAGCUUGGUUCCGGUAAAAUCUGGACUGUACAGCAAUGGAAACCAAUGUGUAACAUAGACUAUUACGUAUGACUAUACAGUAACAAUUAUGCUAUAAGAGCGUGAUAGGUACCUAUAGUAUUGAUAAACACUACUGAGAACAACAACAACAACAACAACAACAACAACAACAACAACAAUAAUAAUAACCAUCUCCAUUAUACAGAAAUGAUGAACCGAAAUUAUUUACGAAAUUUCGUACGUAUAAACGACACCGUUAAUAUUCAAACGAGACACGUGUAAUACGUCUAGACAUGCACCCAGACUGCAGCCGCACAAUAUGAUAUACAAUAAUAGCCAGCUUACGCGAGCGAACAUUUAAAUGCCCGUGACUCCACUCCAGCCUAUAGCCACCCGACUAUUGUAGGCCAUAGGAGCUACACAGUAGUGACGUUUAUGUAGGACUCAGAAAGGAAGAAAAGCAAAAUACCCACUCACAUACAGAUUUAUAAUUACAA